AUGUUGAGUUGCAGAGCGGACACGCACGAAGUAAUCAAUGUGAAUUCCACCACCACCACCACCAUCGCCGCCGCCCCCGUCGGAAUCACCUUCAACUUUUCACUGGCUGUAGAAGUUUCCCAGUACUGGAUCGUACGAGACGGCGGCGAUCAAAACCCUCGACCCAUGCGCCGGUACACCAUACCCAGACAGGAAUAUUCCGUCCACGUCAGCUCCCACCAGCUGCUCUCGUGUUCCGAAAAUACCAGACAGUCCGUCGAAGAAGAACUCGGAGGCGUUAAUAACGUCGGUGGCGGAGAUUCUUAUCGUAUGGUUCCGACCGCCGAGCGGUCGAUCGAGGUGCUGAAAAAGGUAUCCGUUGAUUCUCGCCGGGAUAUGCUUUCUACGGAUUGUUGCUCGGUUUGUUUGGAAGACUUUUCCGGGCGCGGCGAUUGUGAAGAAGAGCUAUCGUUAUUAUCGAUGCCGUGUUCGCAUAUUUUUCACGGCGAUUGUAUCAAGACGUGGCUAAGGACUAGUCAUUAUUGCCCGCUUUGUCGAUUCGAGAUGCCGUUAGCGAGGUGA